ACAUGAUGAUAGAACAUGCUUUUAACUAGUAUUGAUUGGCAGGAUAUCAUUUCUUAGCUGCAUUUAUAUUUCCAUGAAUCUAAAUUAUCUUCCUGUCAUCUUUGUGUCCCAUGUGAAAUGCAUGGAUACAUAAAUGAGUCGCAAUGCCAUAAAUUUCUUUGGCAGCCAAAGCCUACAUAGGCCACAUCCCAAGUUUGUUUUCCUUAGCUGAACUCCGCAAAUGAUCUCAAGAACUUGUACCAAUGUUUCAUCCUCCAAUUCGUGUACCUUUUCUUGGUGUCAAAUAAUGUAUACAAAUUCAAGUAAAUAUUAUUGCCUUGAGAUCCAAAUUCCUUUCCAUGUUCAUUGUUUUCUUCAAUUCUCAUAUUUCUUCUUUGUUAUAAGCAUAAUAAAAGUGUAAAGCAUAUACCCAAAAUCUUAUACAUAUAACAUUAGAAUAUAUAAAUUUGGUCACUAAAUCAUAUUUUGCAUAUGCUUUUAUUCUCCUCUUUCAUUACCAUGCUAAUAAUUAGUGAGAAUAUCUAAACAUAUAUUUAAAUGUAAAAAAGAUACUCCCACACUCAGUAUGUGAACACUAGACUCGCUAUUUGUGUAUAUGAACUGUUCAAUGCCUCUCUCCCCGUAGAACACCUGCACGCCUUCCCCGAAAGAAGAGGUCUCCACCACAGUGUUCAUAAGCAGCCUUCUGCUCUCUGUGCGCCGCCCCCACCCCCCCCCAUGAGCCCCGCCAUGAAGCCACUUCUCUACCUCUACCUCGCCAUCUUCCUCUCCGCCCCGUAUGCCUUCCCCGCCGCCGUCCAGCAGCAGACGUGCGGCAGCCCCGCCACCGUCGAGGACGCCUGCAAGGCCGUCGUCGACACCCAGCCGGCCGUCGGCUACGACUUCUGCGUCUCGUCCCUCGGCGCCGCGACGUCGCUGGUCAAGCCCACCGACCUGCACGAGCUGGCGGCCACCGCGGCGAAGCUGGCCAUCUCCCACGCGACAGCCACCGAGUCCAAGAUCGAGGAGCUGAUGGACCUGGAGAACGACGCCACCGUGAAGUCCUGCUUCAACACCUGCCUGGACGUGUACACUGACGCGACCGACCGCUUGAGGGACGCCCUCGACAACCUCUCCGCCCGGCUCUACCAGAAGGCGAUGGCGCAGCUCGACGGCGCCAUGGACGCGGCGGACAAGUGCGAGGAGGCGUUCAAGGAAUCCAAGGGAUCGUUUCCUUUGGCGUCCAUGGACAAAGACUUCAGCAGGUUGGCGAGCAUUGCCCAUGGCAUCAUCGUCUCCAUCGAGUGAUCCUCUACUUCAGUCAUUCACGUGUUGGAUCUGCCCCUCUUUUUCUUUUCUUUUUUCUGUUUAUUUAAGGGUGUAAGAGAGUAAGAGUUCAUGUUUUCUAGCAAUAUUGAUGCAGUUCGU